GUUGGUGUGAAGCCACUGAAUCCUAACAAAUCCCCUAGCAUUUUUAAACAUAAAACAAAUGUAAAUGGGUCUCCGCUCAAAAACAUUAUCUGUUUUACCUUGCAGCAAUGGGAGGAGUCUUGUCUUCUGGUGUCCAUCCUUCAGCUCUGUUUAGUCACCCAUGGAGAGACCUGCCUGAGGCACAGGAGGCAUCACUGGCUUUGCUCAGCUUCCACUCAGUUAAGCGUACCUCGUCAGCAGUAAGCAGGAAGACUCAGACUUCACUUGAUUUCGUGAAGACGUACAAACCCCGAAACAGUGAAGUCCGAUGUCUCAGGAUCCUGUUACACGGACCGGUUGGUGCUGGCAAGUCGAGCUUCAUCAACUCUGUUGACAGUGUCUUACAAGGCAGAAUCACAGGCCGAGCAUUGACCGAUGCAGUCGCUGGAACCAGCUUCACCCAAAGGUAUAUGACUUACAGAAUUAAAAAAGAUGAAGCGACCCAUUACUCUUUUCUUUUGAAUGACAUCAUGGCCUACGAGCAGCAUCCUGGACACGGGAUCAGUGUGGAAGAUGUCAAACUGGUUCUAAGUGGACACGUGCUGGAAGGUUACAAGUUUGUUCCCGACCGUCCACUCACAGUUGGUGAGAACGGCUACAACACAGAUCCGACUCUGGAAGACAUCACUCAUGUUCUAGUGUUUGUUGUUCCUGCAGGCUCAAUAAGUGUAUUAAGUGAAAACAUUGUGAAAAAGAUGCGAGAAGUCAGACUGGCAGCCAGUGAAAUGGGUAUUCCUCAGCUGGCUAUUCUCACCAAAGUUGACGAAGCUUGUUCUCAUGUUCAGAAGAAUAUAAACAAUAUUUAUAAAAGCAAGUUUUUAAAAGAACAGGUUGACAACUUCCACGUGUUGCUGGGCAUCCCGCUGAACUGCAUCUUUCUGGUAAAAAACUACAGUACAGAACUUGAACUAAAUAAAGUCACUAAUGCAACAGUAUUGGCGGCACUGAGGCAAAUGCUUUCCUUCGGAGAAGACUUCCUCAACAACCUAGAAUCCUGAAUAUUACAGUGAAUUAAGUAUGACAAAUGAGGGCCUAUGAUGCUUUGGAGCCGCUGAGCUCCAUCGAUGCACCUUUUUGUUUAAAAGUCAUUGGAAUAUUUUUAAAAUGAGUUACAGCUAUCAGACAAAGGGUGGCACUGUUUUCCUGAAAAGAGGUUGAAUGAACUUUCCUAAUUUGUAAAGGGUUUCGUCUCCUUGUAACAUGAUCUUUAAAAUAUAUAUGUAUAUAUUUACUAGUUAUAAAUAAUGCUUUCACAAUCCAAGAGCAAUGGCUAAUUUUUCCCAUUCCUUUCAAUUCAGUCUAACUGUAAAUAUCCUCGCGUUGUUUUCGCUGGCUUUGACGUCAUCACGUGAUCUGGUCAACAACACAGCUGUUGUAAUGUCGCCUUUAGGUACUGUUGGCUUAUUCAGUGCUGGAAACAGUGACCUGAAGUGUGUUUGUAUUGUAAUGUUCAUAUUCGGUGUAUUUUUUAUUUAACUUCCGAAUGUAAAUUAAAUAAGUACAAAAACCAACAUGUUCUGUUUUUCUUGGUGAUCAGAUGCAACUAAUUUUGUAGCAUUUAAACCUUUUGCUCUGUGUAAUGAAAGAUGAGUCUAUCUGUUUUAAUUUAAUA